UUGUUUAAAAAAACUUUUACAAUGGCCUUGAAGCUUGCAUUGUUAGUGUUGUUCGCGGCGUGCGCUCACGGCCGGCUCUUCACGUACUAUCGGCCUGCAGAUUUGCACCCGGAGCCAGCUCUCGUCCACGAGGAGCCACAGUUGGUGUUUGAUCAUCAUCAUCAUAUAUCUGAAGACGAACACGUUGAUUAUUAUGCGUAUCCGAAGUACGAGUUCAAAUACGGCGUCAACGACUUCCACACGGGCGACAUAAAGACUCAUCACGAGAGCCGAGACGGUGACGUCGUAAAAGGUCAAUAUACAGUAGUGGAACCCGACGGCUCAAUUAGAACUGUGGACUACACCGCCGACAAACACAAUGGUUUCAAUGCUGUUGUUCACAGGACCGCACCAAUAACUCCACACGAAGCGGCCCACUAUAAAUUUGCUGAGCAUUAUUAGAUUUUUGCAUAACAGUUUCGAAAU